AUGAUGGCUUCAUCACUUGAAACAAAAUUCAUUGCUGCAGCAUUGAUAAUACUCGGGAUGUGGGCUUCUCAGGCUGCAUCCCGCACACUACCUGAAGCAUCCAUCUCGGAGAGACAUGAGCAAUGGAUGGCUCACUAUGGACGUGUUUACAAGAACAUUGCAGAGAAGGAAAGACGUCUCAUGAUAUUCAAGGAGAACGUGGAGUUCAUAGAAUCUUUCAACAGCGCUGGGAAUCGAAAUUACAAGUUGAGCAUCAACGAAUUUGCAGACCAGACAAAUGAGGAGUUUAAGGCUUCUCGCAAUGGACUCAAGAUGCCAUCCAAUCGAAAGUCACUGAACACUGCUUCAUUUAAGUAUGAAAAUGUGACUGCAGUACCAACUAGCAUGGACUGGAGGAAGAAAGGAGCGGUUACCCCUAUUAAGGAUCAAGGUCAAUGUGCAUUGAUAAUACUCGGGAUGUGGGCUUCUCAGGCUGCAUCCCGCACACUACCUGAAGCAUCCAUCUCGGAGAGACAUGAGCAAUGGAUGGCUCACUAUGGACGUGUUUACAAGAACAUUGCAGAGAAGGAAAGACGUCUCAUGAUAUUCAAGGAGAACGUGGAGUUCAUAGAAUCUUUCAACAGCGCUGGGAAUCGAAAUUACAAGUUGAGCAACAACGAAUUUGCAGACCAGACAAAUGAGGAGUUUAAGGCUUCUCGCAAUGGACUCAAGAUGCCAUCCAAUCGAAAGUCACUGAAAACUACUUCAUUUAAGUAUGAAAAUGUAACUGCAGUACCAACUAGCAUGGACUGGAGGAAGAAAGGAGCUGUUACCCCUAUUAAGGAUCAAGGUCAAUGUGGAAGUUGUUGGGCGUUUUCAACCAUAGCAGCCACGGAAGGAAUAACCAAACUUACCACUGGUAAAUUGAUCUCACUGUCCGAGCAGGAGCUAGUGGACUGUGACAUAGGCGGUGAAGAUGCAGGAUGUGAGGGUGGUUUAAUGGAAGAUGGGUUUGAAUUUAUUGUGAAGAACAAAGGCAUUGCCACCGAAUCAACUUAUCCAUACAAGGCAACUGAUGGAACUUGCAACACUAAGGAAGAAGCUUCUCAUGCUGCCAAGAUCAAGGGUUAUGAGAAUGUUCCCGCCAACAGUGAGAAGGCUCUAUUGAAGGCUGUGGUUAAUCAACCAAUUUCUGUUUCCAUUGAUGCAAGUGGAGCUGCGUUCCAAUUUUACUCGAGCGGGGUUUUCACAGGAGAUUGUGGAACCGAUUUAGAUCAUGGUGUUACGGCAGUUGGGUAUGGGACUACUGCUGAUGGGACAAAGUAUUGGUUAGUGAAGAACUCAUGGGGCACCAGUUGGGGAGAUGAAGGAUACAUAAUGAUGCAAAGGGAUGUCAAAGCGAAAGAAGGCCUCUGUGGGAUUGCUAUGGAUUCUUCCUAUCCAACAGCUUAGAUAUCACCAUAUGAUCUGUGAAUCUUUAUCUGGUAUUUACUAUGGUCUCAG